AUGUCGAGGCUACACUUCUCUGUAUCUUCAGGUAGUCUCGUUAAGGCUGCCCCGGGUCGCGAAAGGACUCGAGUGAUCCGCAGCGGAUGUGUAAGACACUUUGACAAGUUGUACUUUGCGAUACUUAGGGGACCAUUGCACCCUGAAGUGAGCUGUGAGCGGUACGGACCUCAACUGCUCCUGAGAAACGGCAAGAGCAAGCCACAUGCCCCACUAGGCAGGAGCGCAGGUAUCCACUUCGCAACAGACUACCUGCCGGUUGCUGUGGUCCGUGUGGCUGGAGUAUUGUUUUUCUGCCACUGCUUUGCGAGAUGCUGUAGCCAAUGUUUCCUGCCGCAUCCAUCACCAUCGACAACCCGACUUGAAGCGGCGCAUCGAAGCACGCGAGCGCUCGGCGACAGCGCAGCGUCUAAGAGACUUUUUACUAACAUCAAACAGGUUUGCCAAAUCACUGGGAAGAGCUUUGACCCUGACUGUGGUCACCGCACGACGACCUCUAUUCCUCGAUCUCACCUCUCAGUCUUGUCAAUAUUUGCUGAAACGAUGUCUUCGUCGGCGAGCCGAGCUGCUGUCAGCACUCCCGUCAAGUCGACGCCGCAAAAGCCCACCCCUAUCGUCGACAGUCCUGGCACAUGGAGACAUCCACGCCUGAAUGAGAUCACGAGACGGCGGAACGCAACGACAUUUUCCGAAAAGAACGUUAGAAGAAUAGCUCUGAACGUCGGCUUCCUUCUCAGUCUCUGGCUGUUCCAGAUCUUUUCGCGUUCAUACGUUCCCGCACAAUGGUUUAGUAGCUCCUUGCGCUCAUAUCUGGGUUGGGCAUACUAUCUGGUCCAGCUCAUUCCGCUAGUGAACAUUGGCAUGGCUAUGCUGCCUCUACUUCGAUCGGCCGACGAUCUUUCCGACAUUCCCUUGACGCCCGCUCAGCGCCAACUUCUCGGACUGCCGCCUAGUUCUGCAGCAGCUACACCUGAUGCUGUUUACAGUACCCCGCCACGUUACUCGCGGACGCCUUCUCUGGCAGGUUCGCCCGCGAGCAACCGGAGCUUCUCUGGUUCCCCGCUUUCCGGCAGAGGCAGCCCAGCUCUUGGAAGCUCUUUCAAUGGAAACGGACAAUCUUACUCUCCUUCGCCUCUUCACAACAGCCCCUCCAAGUUCUCAGCCAGCUUAAACAGCAACCGGAGAUCAUCCUUUGGGUCUUCUACAAACCUGGCAGCAAGUACUGCAUCUUCCCUCUUCCCUGAUCCGGGAACGCCGAGCCCCUCUACCGGAAAGCGCACCAGCGUAGGACUGAACAACAAGUGGCUCUACGAGAGAGGGAGAAGGUCGUCAGGUGGUACCUGGAUGCAUUAG